ACAAACAAUACUCAAUGUACAGAUAAAAAUAAUACAACCCAAAACAAUAUGCAGCAAUCCAAUGUCUGUGCUACUCCAUCGUGUUCUUCAAAAGUGGUCAUACUCAGUGAUGUUCCCUAUCACGGUGAUUUGUUAAGUCAUAAAAAACGACAGAACAAGGCGUCAAAAGACCCAAAGAAAUAUAAACGCAAUAUUAAUAAAGAAUUACGGAUGAAAGGUGAAAAUUAUUUGGGAUACAGAAGAGACAGAAAAGCAAAGAUUAAUGAAACAUUUAAAGUGAAACAAGACGUAUUUAAGCCUGCAAGAUCCAUGAAACCACCGUGCACUUCUGAGUUUUGCAAGAAAUCUAAACUCAGGUCAUGUGACAACAUAAAUGAAGAACAGCGGAAACAUUUGUUUGAAAAUUUCUGGCAGAAUAUGAACUGGGAGCAGCGAAGAUCAUUUAUAACUUCACACGUUAACAAAAUACCAAAGAAAAUUACUAAAAAUCCAGAAUCAUCCAAAAGAACUGAUAGUCGAACUUACGUUUUGACGAUUGAUAACGUACGUCACCAAGUCUGCAAAAAAAUGUUCUUGGCCACUCUUAGAAUUAAAGAUUGGUUUAUCAGAUAUUGGUUGACAAAAACCGAUUGUGCUAUGCCUCCCGAUUCAUCUACUUCAACCAGUAAUCGCAGAAAUCCAGAGAAAAUUGAAGACCACAAAUAUAUUGAAAAGUUUUUAGCAGAUCUUCCAAAGAUGCCGUCGCAUUACUGUCGUGCUAAAACAUCACGAGAAUAUUUAGAACCAGUUUUCACGAACAUGACACAGCUUUAUAAGACAUAUAAAGAGAAUUGUGAAUUAGAGGGUAGAGAAUGCCCUGGCCGUAAAUUAUUUGACAAAAUAUUUUUGAAACUCAAUCUGAGCCUAUUCCACCCAAAGAAAGAUCAAUGCGAUGUUUGUUGCAGUCAUAAAACUGGAAACAUUACGGAUGAAGAACACGCUGAACAUGUUCUGAAGAAUGAUCGAGCUAGGAAAGAGAAAAAUACUGACAAAGGAAUUGCACAGUCCGGAGCUUGUCACGUGUUCACACAGGAUGUUGAAUCGGUAAAAUUGGCCCCGUAUCUUCAAGCUAGUGCAGUUUACUAUAAAACUAAAUUAUGCGUCCAUAAUUUUACACUAUACAAUAUAGCAACUAAGGAAGUAAUGUGUUAUUGGUUCGAUGAGUCAAAUAGCACGCUUGAAGCCUCUGUGUUUGCUUCAUGCUUAGUAGACCAUUUAGAGAAGGUUUUGAGUCAGAAAUUAUUGCCUUACGUUUAGCGAUUGAAAAAAAUAUUGUGAUUACUCAAAAGUAUCUGGAAAAAGGCCAUACUCACAUGGAAUGUGACUCGGUACACAGUGCAAUAGAGUGCAAAUUAAAAGGUAAAGAAAUUUUCCUUCCACAACAAUACAUGGCAAUAAGUAAAAUUGCUAGGAGUGAUCCUAUGCCUUACGAAGCUCGUUAUUUGGACUAUAACUUUUUCACAGACUUUUCGAAAGAAUUGAUUUAUAAAUCUAUACGUCCUGGUAAAAAAACAGGUGACCCAGUCGUCACAGAUAUACGUAUGCUACAAUACAGACCAAAUGGCACAAUUUGGUACAAAGUUGAUUUUGAUAACGAGCUACAGCCGUUACCACAUCGUCCCACGCCAAUUAACAACAUUAAACAAAUAAAUGGCCUGCAGAUAUCUUCUUAUAAUAUUAAAUAUAUUUCUAUCUUGAAAUCAGUAUUAGUGUGAUACAAAAUAUUCCGUUAAAAUACUUUCAUGUGCAGUUGUUAGGAUAGAGGGAACCUGUAAACAGAGUCUGAAUAAGAGGCUGGUAAAUGUUACGUAACCUGAUAGUCUAUAUUGGAACUACUGAACAAGCGGCCCAUUUACUGUUUUAAUUAGUACGAAUUUUUAUCACCAGCUGGCGAGAUUUAUCUGAUGGACAUUUGAAUAUUUUGAUUGGCCUUUAAAAAAUGCAUGGCUCAGUCAUCAACACCUGGACUCGAAGCAGAUGCAGGAGUGACCCCAGAAGCUGUACCUGGAGCUACCCUCCAAGCGAUCCCAGAAGCUGCCCCCAAGCGGGUUUGGAAGAUGCCCUCGAAGAGAUCCCGGAAGCGGUCCCAGAAGCGUCCUCUAUUGCGAUGUGUCAUCAUUGCAGGAGAACAACGAGUUGGGCAUAAGUGACGCCGACGUGGAUGGCAACGAAUUGUCCGAUUUUUGCCCAGAUUAUAUAUAUAUUAUCUGAGAUAAUUGAGUUCAGUUCCUCCAUAAUACCGAACGGCUUGGGGCAUUAUCUUGCCUAUACUAAUUCAGUAAACGAUAGAUGGGUACAACUAAAUGACUUGGAACCACCUCCAAAGAUUUUAGGAUCUAAGUAACCUAGUGUAAGAAUA